UGUCAAGGAACCGGCCCGGUUCCGACAUGUCUGAUUUGCACAGAUCACUGCGUGAAUGGAGUGUUGAUGCAAGGACCUGAGCAUGCCUCAACGGUAAGUACUAAGACUUCCAACAAAACCAAAAAGCCAAAAAAAACCAAACCAAAAACCAAAAAGGUUUCGAGCAAGACCUCCACCAAGACCACCACACUGCCUACGCCUACGACCUCGUCCAAACCCCCUACGGCCACCGCUCCCCCAACAUCGCCUACGCAGACCGCGAACCCCGCGGUCUGCCCGACUUCGUCGAACGGACAGUACACAUUCUGUGCUCAGCCCGCAUUCACCGAUGAGUUCGACACAUUCGACCUGUCCAAGUGGAAGCACGAAAUUACGAUGUCGGGUGGCGGCAAUUGGGAGUUUGAAUGGUACACCAACAACCGUACAAACUCGUUCGUGAAAGACGGCCUGCUCUACCUCAAGCCCACCCUCACCUCGGAUAACAUCGGUGAGGAUGCGGUCUCCGGCAAGACUCCGUUCACCAUGGACAUCAAUGGUGCCGAGAACGGUGUUCACUGCACUGAUCCAAGCUUCUACGGCUGUUCGCGCGGAAGCGAUGCGGGUGCUGGCCACAUCAUCAACCCCAUCCAAUCAGCUCGUAUUUCCACCUUCAACUCGUUCUCGAUGCGCUACGGCCGUGUCGAGGUCAAGGCCCAAAUCCCGUCCGGUGAUUGGAUCUGGCCCGCGAUCUGGAUGAUGCCCAAGUACGCAAGCUACGGCAACUGGCCUUCCUCCGGUGAGAUCGAUAUCAUGGAGAGCCGAGGGAACAAGCCCGAUGCAGCCUACCCAGGCCAAGGAACCGAGACUUUCGGAAGCACCCUUCACUGGGGACCGUCCUACCAGUACAACGGCUGGGCCCAGACACACAAAGACCGUUCUCUGCCCAGCGGUCAAAGCUUUGCCGAUGGUCUCCACGUUUAUGGUCUUGAAUGGACCCCCGAGUACAUCAAGACGUACGUCGAUACCCCGGACAAUGUCGUCCUCAACGUUCCGUUCAGCGCUGAUGGGUCCUUCUGGAACAAGGGUGUCACGAAGGCUGGCUUCCCUGCUACAUUCAACAACCCUUGGCAGGCUCCCUCGUGCCCUGCCGCGGCCCCUUUUGACCAGGAGUUCUAUAUUAUCCUGAACGUUGCCGUUGGCGGCACCAAUGACUUCUUUGCCGAACGCCCCAACAAGCCGUGGAAGGCCGGAUCUUCCACCGCGGCGGCAGACUUCUGGAAAAACCGUGCUCAGUGGCUUCCUACUUGGAAGGGUGACAAUGUUGCCAUGAAAGUGGACUCCGUGAAGGCUUGGAAGUUGUGCUAGAGGUAUCCUUCGGAAAGUCUCCAUUUGUAAUCACUGUAUAUUUGAUGUACAAAUCUACCGUUUCCGAUUCCACUGCGCUACUGCACCGGACGUUCCGUGAGCAAUCGCUGCUGGUUCAG